AAAUACCUUUUGUUUCUCUCACGUUGGGGCUACUUGUUUUAGGGCGCAAAGGAACGGCUUCGAAAGGGGGCAUUUCCCUUGCCGAGAACCGGGAGCCUUACCCCGGCCCGCGCGCGCGCGCGACCCGCCGGUGCGCCUCGGCCCGCGGACAAUCCUUCAUACACAGACUGUGUUUGACUUGGAAUCUUCCCUUUUUUACUCCAUUCAAUCAACUAAGCAGGGUUUCAAGAGCAGCAUUUAUAAAUUUCCAGAAUGGAGAUCUCCUCUCAUCAGUCUCACCUCCUGCAACAACUGAAUGAGCAGCGCAGGCAGGAUGUAUUUUGUGACUGCAGUAUUCUGGUUGAAGGGAAGGUCUUUAAAGCCCAUCGAAAUGUAUUAUUUGCUAGUAGCGGCUACUUUAAAAUGCUUCUUUCUCAGAACUCCAAGGAGACAAGUCAGCCAACCACAGCGACAUUUCAGGCUUUCUCCCCUGACACUUUUACAGUUAUCCUGGACUUUGUCUAUUCCGGCAAGCUUUCUCUCACGGGUCAGAAUGUCAUAGAAGUGAUGUCAGCUGCUAGCUUCCUUCAGAUGACUGAUGUCAUUAGUGUAUGUAAGACCUUUAUUAAGUCUUCGUUGGACAUUAGUGAAAAAGAAAAGGAUCGCUAUUUCAGCCUCUCCGAUAAAGAUGCCAGUUCUAAUGGUAUAGAACGCUCCUCUUUUUAUAGUGGCAGCUGGCAGGAUGAAAGCAGUUCUCCACGUUCUCACCUAAGCCCAGAUCAAGGAACAGGUGUAAUAAGUGGGAAAUCUUGGAGUAAGUAUAAUUACCAUCCUGCCUCCCAAAGGAAUACUCAACAGCCUCUGGCCAAGCAUGAACAAAGGAAAGAUUCCAUUAAAAAGUCCAAACAUUUGAGGUUGUCACAGCCUUCUGAAAUGGCUCAUUAUAAGUCAAGCAAACGUGAAGCACGAACAUCUGAUUCUUCCGGCCACAUUUCCCAGUCUGAAGAACAGGCACAAAUGGAUGUGGAGGUGGACUCUACUCCUGUUGGCUAUCAGUACGGUCAAGGAUCUGAUGUCACAUCAAGAAGUUUUCCAGACGACCUGCCCAGGAUGAGGUUCAAGUGCCCAUACUGCACACAUGUGGUAAAGCGGAAGGCAGACCUCAAGCGCCACCUUCGUUGUCACACAGGAGAAAGGCCCUAUCCCUGUCAAGCUUGUGGGAAAAGGUUUAGCCGGCUAGACCAUCUAAGUAGCCAUUUUCGAACAAUUCACCAGGCAUGCAAACUUAUCUGCAGAAAAUGCAAACGUCAUGUGACUGAUCUAACGGGUCAAGUGGUACAGGAAGGAACCAGGCGCUACAGACUCUGUAAUGAGUGCCUUGCUGAAGUUGGCAUAGACAGCCUCCCCAUUGAUUUGGAAGCUGAACAGCAUCUUAUGUCCCCAUCAGAUGGAGAUAAGGAUUCCAGAUGGCACUUGGGUGAAGAUGAGAAUAGAUCAUACGUGGAGAUUGUAGAGGAUGGGUCUGCUGAUCUGGUCAUACAACAGGUUGAUGACAGUGAAGAAGAAGAAGAAGAAAAGGAAAUAAAGCCCAACAUCAGGUAGCUGGGAUGUGAACCAACAGACCUGGCAUAUCUGCAACUUACAGUGACUUCCUAUAUCUCUCUUCCCAUGGUCAGAGUCUGGUUAACAAAUUAUCAGACUGACUUAAAAGUAAAUGACCUGAUACCAUCUGCAUGCUUUCUGAACAGGCCAUUGUAUCCAUUCUGAACUUUGUUGCCCUAAAAUCUGUUGCUGCACUGGAAAAAAAGACCUAGCUUGAGUUGGCAUGAUGUAUGAACAAUUAACCGUCUUACUUUUAUUACAGAGAUACCUUUUUUUUUAAUAUUGGGAAGAUCUACUUAGCGAACUUUUUUCAAAGAAAAUAUUUAAAAUAAAUUUACCACAACCAAA